CGGCCGGAGAGGGAAGAUGGACGCAGCUACUCUGACCUAUGACACUCUCCGAUUUGCCGAGUUUGAAGAUUUCCCGGAGACCUCAGAGCCUGUUUGGAUACUGGGUAGAAAAUACAGCGUCUUCACAGAAAAGGACGAGAUCUUAUCCGAUGUGGCGUCCAGGCUCUGGUUUACGUACAGGAAGAAUUUCCCAGCCAUUGGGGGGACCGGCCCCACCUCAGACACAGGCUGGGGCUGCAUGCUCCGCUGCGGACAGAUGAUCUUCGCCCAGGCCCUGCUGUGCCGGCACUUAGGCCGAGAUUGGAGGUGGACACAGAGGAAGAGGCAGCCGGACAGCUACUUCCAUGUCCUCAACGCAUUCAUCGACAAGAAGGACAGUUACUACUCCAUCCACCAGAUAGCACAAAUGGGAGUUGGCGAGGGCAAGUCCAUUGGCCAGUGGUAUGGGCCCAACACAGUUGCCCAAGUUCUCAAGAAACUUGCUGUCUUCGACACGUGGAGUGCCCUGGCCGUGCACAUAGCGAUGGACAACACCGUGGUGAUGGAGGACAUCAGAAGGGUGUGCAGGAGCAACCUCCCGAGUGCGGAGGCCUCUGCAUCUCCUGCAGAUUUCGAAGGGCACUGCAAUGGACUCCCUGCAGGAGCUGAGGUCACCAGCAGGCCGUCACCAUGGAGACCCCUGGUGCUUCUCAUCCCCCUGCGCCUGGGACUCACAGACAUCAACGAGGCCUAUGUGGAGACCCUGAAGGGCUGUUUCAUGAUGCCUCAGUCCCUGGGAGUGAUUGGAGGGAAGCCCAACAGUGCCCACUACUUCAUCGGCUACAUGGGGGAGGAGCUGAUCUACCUGGACCCCCACACCACGCAGCCCGCCGUGGAGCUGGCCGACAGCCAUGUGAUUCCCGACGAGAGCUUCCACUGCCAGCACCCCCCGAGCAGGAUGAGCAUCGGGGAGCUUGACCCGUCCAUCGCCGUGGGCUUUUUCUGUAAGACCGAGGACGACUUUAAUGACUGGUGCCAGCAAGUCAGAAAGCUGUCGCUGCUGGGAGGCGCCCUGCCCAUGUUCGAGCUGGUGGAGCAGCAGCCUUCCCACCUGGCCUGCCCUGAUGUCCUCCACCUGUCCUUAGAAUCUUCUGACGUAGAGCGACUGGAAAGAUUCUUUGACUCAGAAGACGAGGACUUUGAAAUCUUGUCCCUUUGAAAACCCUAGAGUUGGGAGACACCUCGACUGCCCUUGCUGGGCGCCUUCGAUAGCCCAGAGCCCAGGGGGUGCUCGGUGCCGCUGCAUUUCAUCCAUCCUGCCCGCCUGCCCCCCGCCCGUGCCCCGGCCACCUCUGCCCGAGACGGGACUGCUCUGUGCUCAAGGCCUCACGCGGGAGCGGGACUGCUCGCCAGGCACCUCGGCCACGGGAGAACCCGGACCCCAGGGAGCAGCGGGGCAGCCGGGCUCUGAGUGUCCACGCCACCUUCGUCCUGCCUCCCCCAGGCUCUCAGUUCUGGGUUUUCUUUGGAAUUAAAGUCCUGUUUGAAGUUACUCGACACAGACACGCAUUUCUGUUGGGCCUGUCCUGAGUCCAAGAAGACUGGAGACAGAGUGAGGAGCGGCCCUGGGACUGGCUUCUGCGCCCUCCGCCUGCAGCCCUGUCCACGGCUCCUCCGGGCUGCCUAGUGGGAGACAGGAAGGCGUGGCCGCUGGCAUCUCCUGGCUUUGGGGAGAGAAACGACAGAGGGAUGGGGUGUGGUGCCUGCCAGAGAUCUCUCUGCGUGUGACUUGCCAGGACAGAGCUGCAGGUAGAGCCCGGGUGGGCUCACCGUCCUCGCCUCCUGCUGGCUCUGGCAUUUUGAGACGCUCACAUGCUGCUGCUUGCUUGUCAUGCUGGCUUCUAGGUGGGCGGAGGGUGGGGAGCUGCCCUGACCUGUGACCCUCGAGCCCUGGAGGGACGUGAGGGUCACGAAGCCUGGUGAGCAGAGGCCGAGGGCGCCGCAGAACUGCCCUCCUGGUCACUGAGGCUUCAGGUGGUUCGGGGCCAGAGGGUGAAACUGUUCACAGUGCAAACCGGUGCCCACCGCUCUUUCGUCGCUUGGAGACAUUGCAGACCCUCCUCAGCACUGACGGGCAGCACCGGUGCCUGAGCCCUGGCGGCCCAGAGAGCACGCUCCCACCAGACUGCGGUCCAAGUGCCUCCACGGGCCUGAGCCGGGGAGCCUUCCUGUGGAGCCCCUCCCUCCCUCGGCGCCGGCACUUGUGGGGACAGCAGAGGGUACCUCAGCCCCAGAGUGUCACUGACAUAAGUUAAUUUGCUCUUUUCCUGUCUCUCCCUCCCCUGGGGAAGGAGGAGGCCGGGCAGUCUCCAUUCUGUCUGUUGCAGUUUGGAGAUGGCCCCCUGCCUGCUGGGCCAGGAGGUCCCGCGGCCCCUGCGGUGCAGACAGCGGGGACAACGACCAAAGGGGAGCUGUCCUGGUGACUUGAAAAGGCUCACUGAAGAGUGUCGUCCAUUCUUAGUAUAGUUUGCAGUUCUUCAUGGCAAA